GGAGGAGGAUAGGCGAGGAGAGUCCCUCUCCUCCUCCGCUCUAUUUUUAAUGAGCGCCGACUCCCCCUAUCCUCACUAACAGACACACAGCAUCCCUAUUAAGAGACACGUGAUUCGAACAGGCAAACCCCGGCGCUGACGUCACCAGGCAGGAGGACAGAUAAAUGAGAGCUCAGCGCGCUUCCAGCUCAGACAAAGUGAGAGCGACAGCUGGACGCGCGAAGCUCAUUUUCAACAGACCGUAGAAUACGGUGCUUCGGAAGGACAACACAGAGGAUACAUCAAGAUAACAAAUCAGAACAUCAUUUUUAAAUAUGACACUGAACAGAGGAGAUAAACUGCGAAAUCUAGAUAAGAGGAGGGGGAGCAUGCCUUUCCCACCAAAUCAGCAUCUUCACAGGAGAAGCAUGCCUGUGGAUGAGAGGGAUCUGCAAUCCACAAUGCCUACAUUACGCCUGGGCGAGCUGACUAACUUGGUCCGCUGUACUUCAUUCAGCCCUGGGGAACCACAGGCAGAAAGCUGGGCUUCUGAUUCAUCAGACUCUGUCAUCUCAUCUGGCAGUGACCCAGAGAGCCACAUCCAUAAAGUCGUGAUGCUGGGAGAAAAUGGAGUGGGCAAAUCCAGCUUGGCUCGCAUCUUUGGUGGUGUAGAGGAUAACCAUGAAUGCGACGAAGCAGGAAACACUUAUGACAGAUCAAUCAUUGUUGACGAUGAGGAGGCCUCAAUUGUUUUAUAUGACAUUUGGGAGCAAGACAGUAGCCCUUGGCUCCAGGAUCAAUGCAUGAAGAUGGGUGACGCCUACAUCAUUGUUUACUCUGUGACAGACAAGUCCAGCUUUGAAAAGGCAUCCGAGUUAAGGAUUCAACUACGGAGGGCCCGGCAGUCAGAGGAUAUCCCAAUUAUCCUGGUGGGAAAUAAAAGUGACCUGGUCCGCUCCCGUGAAGUCUCAGUAGAUGAGGGAAGAGCCUGUGCAGUGGUCUUUGACUGCAAGUUCAUCGAGACAUCUGCGUCCCUCCAUCACAACGUGCGUGACUUGUUUGAGGGCAUAGUGAGACAAAUCCGGCUACGAAAAGACAGCAAAGAGGACAACGCCAGACGAUUGGCAAACAGCAAGAGACGCGAGAGCAUCGGCAAGAAGGCUAAGCGCUUCCUCGGGAGGAUUGUGGCCAAAAACAACAAGAAGAUGGCUUUUAAGCAGAAAUCUAAGUCUUGCCACGACCUGUCGGUGCUCUGAGUAUUCACAGCUUAUUACUGCUGCUAUGAAAACUGUGACUGGAUGCUGUGUAGCACAAGACUUGGGACUGGGCAGCGAACUGAGAACUGAUUAAUGCAGUGUUUAUUGAAAUUUCCAAUAAAUAUGAGCAAAACCCAAAAAGAAGGGGAAAAGGACAGUUUAGACAUAAGUCAAGUAUUCUGCAUGACGCUUACUGAAUGUUUUGAUUUUUAUUUCAAACGUUAUUUGACAUUUGACUCUCUGCCUUAACAGUACAGCUUGUGUACAUUAAUUGUACAUUUAAA